AUGGACUAUUAUCGUCAAGUACUCCGUGCAUCUUGUGAUUCUAUAGUGUUCAAUAGCAUUCGACUUACUAUCCACAAACUCAAUAGACAAUAUUACAAAUGCCUUACUGAUGUCAAACAAGCUAAACUCAAUCGGCUACUAGCAGAACAAGCAACUCGUCGAACUUCUAUUGAAUCUCACAACAUGGAUACUUCCAAGUUGGUUGUAACUAUACCAUCCGAUUUACAACUCACCGACGAUGAGAGAUCAGUGCUUUCUAAGGGAUUAUCGUUUGUACCUCAACGCCCUAAGAUUGAUGAUUUUCAGGCACUCAAAGACCUUGAACAAUUCUAUCGUAAGCUUAAACUGAAAGCACAUUUCCACAAUCAACCUCUGACUUCUACUGACUCUGAUGAUGGAUUCUCUAAUCUUCGACGCAAUCACUCUGAAUGGACUCCUCCAACAGGAAAGUUCCCUGCACUUGAUUUGUACAUCAACAAAUGCCGCCAUGACAUUAAACAGAAUGUUCUCAAACGACGCUCCCGAUCGGAAUCACUAUCUGUUGGUGAGAAGAAAGCUCUGUUAAAUCUUCGAAACAACUCCGAUUUGAUAAUCAAACCUGCCGAUAAGGGUGGUGCUACUGUUGUCUGGCGUAAGGACUUGUACAUAUGUGAAGGUAAUCGUCAACUUUCUGAUAGGAACACUUACAUUUCUGUACCAUUCGAUCCUACUCCUGAUGACCAACGCCAUGUUAAGUCUGUUAUUAAUUAUAUGAUUGCUAACGAAGAAUUACCUUCAAGUGCAUCUGUUUUAAUUAAUCAACGCCCUAGUUGUUCUAAAUUCUACAUGUUACCGAAAAUUCACAAAGAUAACUCUCCUGGUCGUCCAAUUGUCUCAACUUGCAACUGUCCUACAGUCAUCAUCAGUGAAUACUUGGAUAGCGUGCUUUCUCCUAUCGUCAAGAAACUUCCUACCUACAUUAAUGAUACUAACGAUGCUAUUCGCACAUUCAAGGCAUUUGAAUUUACCGGCCGCCAUAAGUACGUCUUCACUAUGGAUAUUACUUCACUGUAUACAUCUAUACCUAUUGCUGAUGGACUCACCGCUGUUCGACACUUCCUGGACCAUGACAACCAUACCUCUUGCUCCACCUCCACCAUAAUCCGACUUGCUGAACUCGUCCUGAAAACCACAUCGUUUGAAUUCAAUGGUAACUUUUAUCAGCAAAUAUCCGGUGUCGCUAUGGGAACUAAAAUGGGACCCAGCUUUGCUUGCUUGUUUGUUGGAUGGUUAGAACAACGUAUUUUCGAUUCAUAUGAUGGUACCAAACCCGAUAUGUUUAAGCGCUACAUUGAUGACUGCGUGGGAACAGCCUCAUGUCAUUAUGACGAACUCAUUAACUUUAUAUCCUAUGUUAAUGACUACCAUCCGGCAAUCAAGUUCACUCACGAAAUUUCUGCUACCAAAGUUGCAUUUCUUGACAUUGAACUAUCUAUAUCUGGUAAUAGUAUCUCUACUAGUAUCCACUAUAAACCUACUGACGCACAUACCUACUUAACGUAUAAUUCGUCUCACCCCAGUGCAUGUAAACAAGGUAUUCCAUAUUCUCAAUUAUUGCGAUUACGAAGAAUUUGCAGUGAUGACGACGAUUUCUCGAAUCAAGCAGUAGAGAUGAUGUCAUUUUUCAAUCAAAGAGGAUACCCCUCAUCUGUCACCAACCAGGCUCUUCGUCGUAUUACAGGUACCUCCCAAAGCGACGCUCUAGAACCCACUGCUACUUCGUCUACUGACAGAGUUCCACUUAUUAUGACAUUUCACCCGACCACUACCAAAGUUGCUAGAGUCAUCAAGAAAAAUUACCACAUACUCCAGACUGAUCCAUCUACUAGUGAGAUAUUUCAGCUUCCUCCACUAUGUGCUUAUCGUCGUGAUGCCAGUAUCCGUGACUUACUUGUACAUUCUUCACUUCAACCUAUUUCUGAAAGACCUAAAGGUUCGACUACUCCUUGCCAUCGACCGAGGUGUAAGACAUGUAAACACGUUGUAUCACUUGAUCUACUUAAGGGACCUUCGGGAUACCAUGUUAUUACGGACUCUUUUAGUUGUAUUUCUACCGUUGUCUUAUAA